CUUCCGCAAAUAUAGAAACAGGUGCUUUCCUCAUUUAUGUUAUUGUCAACACGACAUGAUAGCAGCUUUUCACAAUGAUGUUGCUUCUAAUUGCCACAACACUGAUGCUGUAUAGCCUGCCCACAAGUGAAGCAGCGGGUAUCGCAGAGCUGAGAAACCACUAUGGCAGACGUGACCCCAACUUCUGGCAUCUCCUCAUGAAAAACAGUAAUUAUACAACAAAGCAAAGAAAAGGCUUUGAGCUGAACUUGGGCCCUGAAUACUGGGAUAACAAAUGUCAAGUUGUUUCUCAUAAAGAGACCUUAGGAGACUUCUGCUUCAUCAUUCAAACAUCUUGCCGAGAAAAUGAAGACCAUCGAAGUAAGAUACUAAAAAGUGUUAAAGAUGACAUUUUUGAAAUCCUUCACAGCACCCAAUCUCCUACUUUUUCAUUGGUAACAUAUAGCAAAGAUGCAACAGUUAUACUGCCAUGUUCAACAGAGGUUGGGAAUAUAGAGGACGUUUGGAGAGAGAGUGUGGAAAGUGUAUGUGAUGAUCAUACUGCUGUGACAUACAAAGCAAUAGAAGCAUGUCAUGAACUUUUCAAAAAUAAAGUUCAUAAUGGGGUCCCAGAUAACACCAUAAUUUUCACAGAUGGUAUUUCUAAGGAAGACGGCUUUACCAUUAGAAAUGCGAGAGACAAAACCAUACUUGCUGCACUAAAGAUGAAAAAAGAAAACACAAUGAGCAUCCAGGUGGUGAAGAUCCUUCCCAUCAAUAAUGCUGUAGCAAUAACUGGUGAUGAAGAAUGGAACAUCUUGCCACAUCAUGUAGUAACACAGUUUAAUGUACCAUCAGUACCAUUCCUGCACCUUGGGAUAAAUAACGACCAAACUAUAAAAAUUGGAUUACUCGAAAUAUACAGGACAGAUAAGACAAUUCCCCCAUGUUGUACAGCAGAUGUGGUGUUUAUACUGGACAGAUCCAACAGUAUUCUCCCAAAGAAUGUUGACCAUUUGCUAGAAUUUCUAGAUGAUUUUCUAGAUGCACAAGAUAAGAUUGUUGAACCAAAUAUGAUUGAUAAAUCUGAAGGACUUCAGAUUGCACUUUUGACAUAUGGGGGUGGUGUAACGAUCCAUUCCAAACUAGGGCAGCAUGGCAAGGAUGAUCUCAUUAAAAUUGUUAACGAAAUCCCAAGGACAACAACCAAAUAUACUUCAACUCAUAUUGCAUUAAAGAUGGCACUAAAGCAGUUCAAGACAUCCAACAGAAAACAAUAUGACCAUGUAAGGAAAAUAGUGGUAUUAGCAACAGAUGGUAGAACUUGGAAGGUUAAGAAAAAAAGAGUCGAUAGUGGAGCUUCUACCAUUAAAGCAGCUCUGAAGUUGAAGAAAUAUGGAGCAGAGGUGUACAUAAUUGGGCUUCCAAAUCACAAUGACAAAAAUGAUGGCUAUGAGCGGGAAUGGAAGCACAUGGCCUCAAGACCAAUCAACUGUACCAUUGUAGACAUGCAGAGACCAUCUGAGGGUGGAGUUUUUGAGGACCUGAAGUGGGUGGGAAUUCACCUUACUGAGGAGAUAUGUAUUAAUAACAAGAAGAAGAGCUGUCGUUGGGGAAUAUAAUGAAAAGAUUUAUGUGGAAAUCAUCAAACCUGGUUAAAACAACAACAACAACAUAAAAGUGACAUCUAAGUUCAUAAUAAUCAUUGAAACAUAUUCUGUAAAAUAUGUAGAAAUAAAAUAUAUGCUGAGUUCAAA